GCAAGAUUUGCAAAGUCGGGUCAAAGGUCGCGUGAAAGACUACUGCAACAGAAGAGUCAACAACAUUGGAAGCAGUACAUUCCGAUUGUGUAGACUACAAGAAUGAUCACAACUGUAAUGUGUAAAAUGCUGCUAACCAAGAUCACUAUCAGCGUACAUUUCAUCUUGUUGCUGGUACUGCAGUGUUCAGCUCAGAACACGACAUCGCCAAAUUCAGUAACAAACUCUACUACGAGGGUUACUAUGGUCAAUGCUACGCAACAGAGCACACCUCGGUUCAUUAAUAUCAAUACUUCCAUCAGUAACUGGGCGAAGGCUGGCAUUGCUAUCGGCCUGGCCCUUGGGGUUGUUCUGAUCGCUGGGAUCGUGGCUGGCAGCUGCCAUUGUUGGUUAAGGAAGCAAAAAGGAAGCAACUUGGUACCCAGCAAAGACGAAGAAGAAGUAGAAGAAGAGGUUCGCAUCGCUGAAUGAUGAUGUCAAUAAUUUACCUAAAAGUGGAGCUAUAAGGCAGCUAAUUGAAUAACUACAU